AGCAACAAGGUGGCAACAACGCGGCACAUUCCCGAACCUACACGCUGUUCAUGCUAACUGUCCCUGCCCUAUUCGACGAAUUCUCACACUUCUCUUGCUAUAAUGUGUGGCGAUUUUCUAAAAAAAAUCUGCCUUGCACCUUAAUAAUGCACUAAUAGGAACACGAGAUCUCGAGAAAAUUAAUUCGGCACACGGAAAAACUCGAGAGCGAGAAAGUAGACGCGCCCGUGCGCACGAAUGGCUGACACCGACCCUUAUUUACCGAAGUCAAAAUGGCCUCCCUUCGAAUUUUCGCACGCUCAAAGCUUUCCUCGAUUCUUCAAAAUUGCAGGCAUCCAGAGUUCAAAAAAGCAGCUUCUCCGGUCGUCCUUGAGAUUCAGAAAAGAUGGGGUAGUUAUCAAGGAUCCCCAAAGUACGUAGACCCAUCGAAAUACACAGAUUUCGAUAUCUCCAGUGAUCCAAAAGAAUGGCAGUAUGUUGAGAGACUUCUGCCUUAUAAUGUUGUUCCGCAACCACCAACUAAGGAAAUAACAGCUUCUGGCUGGAAACCACAAAAUGUGAAAGACGAGAAUCUACCCUACUUUUUGCCUCGUACAAGAAACCACAUGCAGCCAGUCUUCUUGCGUUUGUCAAAAAGAAAAGUGAGAAAAUUAACUUACAUAACUAAAAUUCAGGGCGACAUUUGGAAAUUCGAGUCAGAUUUAAAAGAACACCUCGAAACAAAAGUUAAAAAACCAGUAGCUUCUCGUAUCAAUGAACCCGCUGGUGUUGUCAUUUUUCACGGCGAUCACGUUUCAGCAGCAAAGCAAUGGUUAGAUGAGAAAGGGCUUUAGUGGACUUGGAAAAUAAUUGUUAAUUUUAAUAUAAUUUUGUACAUUGAAACGUUAUUGUAAUUAUUGCAGUUUAAAAAUAAACCAUUUUCUCACAGA